AUGAGAAUAAUAAAAUGGGGUUUGUGUUUAAUCUUCUGCCUUUCUCACUCGAUACUUGUUCCUGCUAAAGACUUGUGUCUCCCAGAUCAGAGGGAUGCUCUUUCGGAGUUCAAGAACGAGUUCUCUGUCUACGAGUUAUACUCCUAUACGGAUGGUGACAAGAAGACAACGAAGUGGAGGAACAACACUGAUUGUUGUUCUUGGGAUGGUGUCUUGUGUGAUAAUAAGACAGGCAAUGUCGUUGAGUUAAACCUCUACGACAGUGAUCUCAACGGCCCUUUGAGAUCUAAUAGCAGCCUGUUUAGACUACAACAUCUUCAGAGCCUGAAUCUUGGCUAUAAUAAUAUCUCGGGUCUUCUACCAGAAUCCAUCGGCAACCUCAAGUAUUUGAGGGAUUUGGAUCUUCAGUAUUGCAGUCUCUUUGGAAACAUUCCUUCUUCACUUGGAAAUCUUUCUCAUCUCACUAGUCUUCAUCUUUCUGAUAAUGAUUUCACCGGUGAGCUACCCGAUUCCAUGGGGCAUUUAAACAAGUUGACAGAGUUGUAUAUUGGACAGGCCAAGCUCAAUGGGAAAUUCCCUCACGUGCUAUUCAACUUGAGCUCGCUCACCUUCAUCGACCUUAGUAAUAACCAGAUCAAAGGUACGCUCCCAUCUAACAUGAGUAGCCUCUCUAAACUGGAGACUUUUGCUAUUAGCGGAAAUUCCUUUUCUGGAACCGUUCCCUCUUCUCUCUUCAUGAUCCCUUCGUUGACUGAACUUUACCUAGGACGUAACCACUUCAGCGGUCAUCUUGAGAUUGGGAAUAUCUCUUCACAAUCUAACCUUCGAACAUUAUACAUUGGAGAAAACAAUUUCAUUGGACCAAUCCCAGGAUUUAUAUCGAAACUAGUUAAGCUUGGUCAUCUUAGCCUUUCUUUCUGGAACACAGGAGGGGCCAUUGUUGAUUACAGCAUCUUCUCUUUUCUCAAGUCACUUAGUGUGUUGGAUCUUUCAGGGAUUCAUUUGAAUAUCAGUUCAACUCUCCAUCUUCCCUCACCCAUGGAAGCUUUGAUUUUAUCAUCAUGCAAUAUUGCUGAAUUCCCCAAAUUUAUACAAAACCAAACCAGUCUGGUACAUUUGGACAUCUCUGCCAAUCAAAUUAAAGGCCAAAUACCAGAAUGGUUGGGGAGACUAUCAGAUUUGUCGUAUGUAAACAUUGCUCAGAAUUUCUUCACUGGAGAACUGGCUAUGUUACCAGACUCCAUUAAAUACUUCAUAGGCUCAGAUAACCAGUUUUCGGGAGAGAUUCCUAGAUCAAUAUGCAAAUUGGAUCUUACCUAUCUUACUCUAUCCAACAACAACUUCAGCGGUACUAUUCCACGGUGUUUUAAGAAUUUCAAUUCUUCUCUUGAAAUAUUGCAUCUUAGGAAUAACAGCCUCUCUGGCGUUAUUCCAGAGGAAAUUAUCAGUGAUAGCUUGAUAUCACUCAAUGUUGGUCUCAACUGGCUCUCAGGAAAACUUCCCAAGUCUCUGAUCAACUGCACUCUUCUCGAGUUUUUGAACGUUGAAGGCAACAAAAUAAAUGACAGGUUUCCAUUUUGGUUGAGUUCGUUGUCCGAUCUACAGAUUCUUGUCCUUCGUUCUAACGAGUUUUAUGGGCCAAUAUCUUCUCCGGGGGAUUCUUUGAGUUUCCCCAAACUACGAAUCUUUGACAUUUCGGAAAAUAGCUGCACUGGAGUGUUGCCAUCAGAGUACUUUGCGGGUUGGAGUGCAAUGUCAUCCGUCAUAGCCAUUUUUGAUAGUGAUCUGGGUCCAGGACUUAGCCGAAAUGAAUAUCAUAGGUCUGUGUUUGUGACGAACAAAGGAUUGAAUAUGGAGCUGGUUGGCAGUGUUUUCUCAAUUUACAAAACCAUCGAUGUCUCCGGAAACAAAUUCGAAGGACGUAUUCCUGAAUCCAUCGCUUUACUUAAGGGAUUGAUUGUCCUUGACAUGUCAAAUAACGCUUUCACAGGCCAUAUUCCAUCAUCUCUCUCGAACUUGACCAAUCUUAAUUCAUUAGAUCUAUCUCAAAACAGAUUAUCUGGCCAAAUCCCAUCAGAGCUUGGGAAACUCACGUUCUUGUCUUGGAUGAACUUCUCGUACAACGAGCUUGAAGGUCCAAUACCACAAGCCACUCAGAUUCAAAGCCAGAAUAUCUCAUCAUUUACAGGGAAUCCCGGUCUACACGGUUUUCCUCUUCAAGAAACAUCUGUCCAAGAAGAAGAAACAACAAAGCAAGAGCAAGAUGAAGAAAAGGAAGAAGAAGAUCAAGUAAUGAGCUGGAUUGCAGCUGCAAUAGCCUAUGGACCUGGCUUCUUCUGUGGACUCACCAUCUCCCACAUUCUCACUUCAUAUAGACGUGAUUUGUUCAUGAAGAUCCUUCACUGGUUUACGUAA